AUAAGCGACUGGUAUGGCCGACGAAGAGAAGCCUCAGCAAAAUGACCAAGAUGCACAAAGUCAAGGAAAGCAACUUCUUACACAAGGAACAACGGGUGAAAUGUCGCGUCCCAAUAAUCUACAGCGCAUUGCACAGAAAAAGGCGAUGGUUAAAAAUUAUUCAAGAACGAAAAAAUUGGAGAAAUUGGCCGUGUAUUCAUCCUGCAAGACAGAGAAUUGUAAGUGCAAUGGUUGGAAGAAUCCCAACCCCCCUCCUACCCCUCCUCGAGUUGACGUAUCACAGCCACUGGCCAAUCUGACCGACCCCUGUAGAAGUUGUAACCACACACUGAGCGCUCAUGUUUCUCAUUUGGACAACACACAGGAGGAGGAGCUAAAUCGCCUGCUUAGAAUUGUGGUGGACGUCGAGAACUUGUUCAUGUGUGUUCACAAAGAGGAAGAUGCGGAAACAAAACAAGUCUACUUUUUCCUGUUUAAACUUCUAAGAAAAUGCAUCCUCAACAUGAGUAAUCCCACCAUAGAAGGACCAUUGGGGAGUCCUCCAUUUGAAAAGCCAAGUAUAGCCAAGGGGGUGACAAAUUUUGUGGUAUACAAAUUUGGGCAUCUAGCGCAGCGAGAAUGGCAGACUAUGUAUGAUUUAGCUAAGAUGUUCCUACACUGCCUGAAUCACUGGAAACUAGAGACUCCAACAAGUCGACAACAACACGCCGGACCAGAGGACAUGCAAACCUAUAAAGUCAACUACACAAGAUGGUUGUGUUAUUGUCACGUGCCAGCGUUCUGUGACAGCCUGCCUCGCUAUGAGACCACCCUGAUCUUUGGAAGGACUGUGCUGCGCUCUGUUUUCCAAACCAUGAGAAGACAACUGCUGGACAAAUUCAGGGCAGAAAAAGAGAGAAUGCCACCAGAGAAAAGAACUCUAGUUCUUACUCACUUUCCAAGAUUUUUAUCGAUGUUGGAAGAGGAGGUUUAUGGCACAAAUUCUCCAAUCUGGGACCCUGACUUUUCACAGAAUGCGGCUAAUGUUGCUGGUUCACCUCCCACCACACCUACAACCCCAUCCUCAGCUACUGGAGUAAGUGGUUUGAACAGAUUUCUGUCCACAGGGUCAGUGCCCUCUACCCCUACAGCUAAGGAAGUGGGGGAGAACUUCACCUCCAUCAAUCUCAGCCCCGGGGUAGUGGCAGCCCGGCGAUCUUCAAGAUCAGACACAGGGAGUUCUGAGCUGAAGCGUAAACUUGAGGAGUCGUUUGGUCCUGAGGAUGUAAAGAGGAAAAGAAUUGAGGGCGAUGUGUCCUCGGAACUGGUCACUAGUAUAGUAGCCACCAUCACUGAACCGGAACAGAUGGUGGGACCAGAUCCCACUUUGUUCCCUGCCCAUGUGGCUCGAGAUGAGGCAGCCAGGAGAGAGGAGAACAAGGGGGUGAUUGAGUUUCAUGUGGUGGGGAAUAGUCUCAGUAAGAAGCCCUCCAAACAGACGCUGGUGUGGCUGAUCGGCCUACAGAAUGUCUUCUCCCACCAACUUCCCAGAAUGCCCAAAGAAUACAUCACCAGACUUGUAUUUGAUCCGAAGCACAAAUGUCUGGCCCUCCUGAAGGACAACAAAGUGAUAGGAGGAAUCUGCUUCAGAAUGUUCCCCACCCAGGGAUUCACAGAAAUCGUCUUCUGUGCUGUAUCCUCAAACGAACAAGUCAAGGGCUAUGGUACCCACAUGAUGAACCACCUGAAGGAUUAUCACAUCAGUCACAGUAUCUUACAUUUUCUGACAUUUGCUGAUGAGUACGCUAUUGGCUACUUCAAAAAACAGGGGUUUUCAAAGGAGAUAAAAUUAGCCAAAUCUGCAUACCUGGGGUACAUAAAGGAUUACGAAGGGGCCACACUCAUGGGUUGUGAACUGAACCCGAAGAUCUCGUAUACAAACUUCUCAAGUAUAAUACGCAAACAAAGAGAGAUCGUAAAAAAGAUAAUAGAAAGAAAACAGCAAGAAAUGCAGAAGGUGUACCCUGGACUGAAGUGUUUCAAGGAGGGAGUGAGACAGAUACCUAUAGAGAAUAUACCUGGUGUCCUGGACAGGGGCUGGAAACCUGACCCAGACAAAAGCAAAGAUCCCCCUAUGGACCCUGAUCAGCUACAAAAUACUCUGAAGACCAUCAUACAACAAGCCAGGAGUCAUGCAAGUGCCUGGCCCUUCCUAAAGCCAGUUGAGAAAUCUGAGGCUCCAGAUUAUUACGACCAUAUUAAAUUUCCCAUGGAUCUGAAGACGAUGGCUGAACGUUUAAAAAACCGAUACUACUGUCACAAGAGACUGUUUAUUGCUGACAUGACCCGGAUCUUUACAAACUGUAGAUCUUAUAACAAACCCGACACAGAGUAUUAUAAAUGUGCCAACACACUGGAGAAAUUCGUCAUGGGUAAAAUGAGGGAUGCUGGACUCGUGGAAAAGUGAAUCUGUCAAUGUGCAAUGAUUUUUUUUUUCGACAAAC